AUGGCCGCACGAAGCGCAGCGCUCAAGCUCGACUGGGCUAAGGUCACCAGCUCCCUCAACCUUCGGGGCCAGACCGUCGCCUCUCUCCAGGCCUUCAAGAAGCGCAACGAGGACGCCCGCCGCAAGGUCCAGCAGCUUUCCGAGCUUCCCACCGCCGUCGACUUUGCGCACUACCGCUCCGUCCUCAAGAACCAGGCUGUUGUCGACGAGAUUGAGAAGCGCUUCACUGCCCACAAGCCCGCUGCCUACGACGUCUCUCGCCAGCUCAAGGCCAUCGAGGCCUUCGAGGUCGAGGCCGUCAAGAACGCCGAGGCCACCAAGGAGAAGGUCGGCCUCGAGCUGAAGGAUCUCGAGAAGACCCUGUCCAACAUUGAGACCGCCAGGCCGUUCGAGGACAUCACGGUUGACGACUUCAACAAGGCCGUGCCCGAGGUUGAGAAGAAGACUGCCGAGCUCGUUGCCAAGGGCCGCUGGUCCGUGCCGGGAUACAAGGAGAAGUUCGGCGAUCUCUCUGUGCUGUAA